AUGUAUAUUCAGCAGCUGAAGAUUGCGGGAAAACAACCUACAAUGACCUUUAAAGUUCCAUCAACUAACAUCCUAUAUUCCAAUACUCCACCAGAGUAUAGACGCAUCAUAAGAGACAUGCUGGCAGGGAUUGUUGAUUUGCAUCAAAUGGACCAUAAAUGUGUGCACUCACUCCACAUGAAGAAUUUUGUCAUGCACAAGGGAACAGUUAAGAUGUAUAAUAUGACCUUUCUUCCCGAGACAGAGACUGGGAGGACAAAUGAUUUUCGUAAGCUAGCUGAGAUUAUAGAAAACAAUAUAUGUGAUGGAUUGUGGCCAGCUAUUCUUACGAGAUUUCUAAGAAAGAUCGUACAGCUGAUCAGUCUUCUCCAGGAGGGAACUUUGGUUAAGCAUCUAGCUAUUGUAGAGUGUUCCGAUAGACUUUCUUUUUUCAGAAACGGUCAUGCCCUAGAUCCACAAAAGGAAAGUCUGUAUGACACUAUUAUAGACACAAUGGUUGGUUGCCAUGAAUGGGCCCAAAAAUAUAGAAAAUACUCUUCUAGAGAAAAAAGUGAAAGGAGAUAUGACAUCUUUACACAACUCUUCAACUAUGAAAACCGUGCACAGACGUACGUGGACAGAGCUGCCUACAUUGGCCUUAAGAAUGAGUCGUUUAUUCGGUGGAUUAGAAAUUUGGCCACUCACUUAAGAGAAGUGAUCAACCAUUCCACCGGCAAGUGGACAGCUGAUGACAUGGUAAAACUAUCAAUCUUAGCUCUACAUGAAGAGCAGCUCUUGAGAUUCCACGAUGAGCUAGACCAAGCGAUGCUCAUUCCUAAUUUCAUGUAG